AUGAGAGCGAGGGGAGGCGAAGAGAACGGCACCACCGCCCCACCGGAGAGCGAAGAGGGGAAAGAAAAUGGAGGAGACGGCACGGGCCGGCGAUGGGCGCUGCACUUUUCUGCUAAGACCCUCGGCUUUUCUAUAUUUCAUAAAAUCGGGAGCGCGGCUGGUGUUGCUGUUACUUCUGGACUGGGCCCGCAAAGGUCCAGCCCCAGCCCGGAAGGGAUCCACGACCACGAACCGCGACUAGAUCCACGCGGCACGAAUCGCAAAGCGAACAAUCCACAAUUCCCAGGACCCUCGCGCCGGCAUCCGCCGAAGCUGCUCGACCUCGACCUCGACUCAAGCCCUCCUCGCUCCUCGCUCCUCGCUCCUCGCCGCCGUAGAGUCGUCGCAGGAACGAUGACCCGGCGGAACGGCUGUACGAUCUACGUGGGCAAUCUCCCCGGCGACAUCCGCGAGAGGGAAGUAGAUGAUCUCUUCUACAAGUAUGGACGUAUAGUGGAAAUUGACUUGAAAAUUCCACCAAGGCCUCCUGGUUUUGCUUUUGUUGAGUUUGAGGACCCACAUGAUGCUGAAGAUGCAAUAUAUGGCCGUGAUGGAUACAACUUUGAUGGCCAUAGGUUGCGGGUGGAAUUAGCUCAUGGUGGACGAGGUCCGUCUUCAUUUGAUCGAUCUAGCAGCUAUAGCAGUGCUGGACAACGCGGUGCCUCUAAACGUUCUGAUUACCGUGUUAUGGUUACUGGAUUACCUUCUUCAGCAUCAUGGCAAGAUCUCAAGGAUCAUAUGCGGCGAGCUGGUGAUGUCUGUUUCACUGAUGUGUAUCGUGAGGCUGGAGCAACUAUUGGAAUAGCUGAUUAUACUAACUAUGAAGAUAUGAAACACGCGAUAAGGAAGCUAGAUGAUUCUGAGUUCCGUAAUGCUUUUUCAAGGACAUAUAUCCGGGUGAGGGAGUAUGAUGCUAGGCGCAGCCGUUCUCGCUCCAGAGGCAGAAGCUGUAGCCGCUCUAAGUCGAGAAGCAGAAGCCGUAGCCGCUCAUACUCAAGAAGCAGAAGCCACAGUUAUAGCAAGAGUAGGAGCCCAAGAUCUAGAUCUGCUUCUCAGUCAAAAUCACCUGUUAAAGCAAGAUCACCAUCCAGAUCCCCUCCUGUUUCUCCCCCGCGUGACAAGUCUGCAAGCAGGAGUCCUGCCAGGAGCAAAAGUCUGCCCCGAUCUUGUUCUCCGGCAAAACCUGAAUGA